AUGAAAUACGUUCAUGUCGAAUGUCUGAAUCAGUGGCGAAAAGUCGCCGCUAAUCGGGACAACUUCUUCCAGUGUCAAACUUGCAAGUACAAGUAUAAGUUUAAAAGGACUUGGUUUGCCGGGUUGUUGACGAACCCUGUUAUAGUUGGUCUGUGCACCAUGUUUGUUCUCCUCCUUCUUAUAGUGCUGUGUGGAUUCUUUGGAUUGAUGCUUGGUUAUUUCUUCCCAUCAGAGGAAGAAGACGUGGGAUUCCUAUGGUUCCUGAUUGCUGGCCACCGAUGGGCAUG